CCGGGCUGGCAGGCCUUCGGGGUGGGGAAACUGAGGGCUCCCCGCCGGUAUUGGCAGUGGCCCCGGACACCCCUCCUCACUGCUGACUGCACGGUCCGAUAGUCCCGGUAGCUCAGGACCCGACCGCCCGCCGCACACCCUGGCAGAGUGGGUCGGGGACCCCCGUCCGGCCGGGAGGAGCUCUGGGCUGUGGGGCGCGGAGCGGGUUCGAGAGGAGUCGUUACUCUGUUAACUCCAGGAGUCUUGAAUAUGGACCUUCAGUUUUUGACAUUCAUCUCUGUCCUGCUGCUGUCUGGAACUGGAGCCACAGGUACCCCGAAGACCUCCCAGGACACAGGUCUAGAGAUUUACAAGAAGAUGUUUGAGGUGAAACGAAGAGAGCAGCUAUUGGCAUUGAAAAACCUGGUGCAGCUGAGUGACAUCCACCAGCAGUACAAGAUCCUUGAUGUCAUGCUCAAAGGGCUCUUUAAGGUACUGGAGGACUCCCGGACAGUGCUCACUGCUGCAGACGUGCUCCCAGAUGGGCCCUUUCCCCAGGAUGAGAAACUGAAGGAUGCUUUCUCCCAAGUGGUUGAGAACACGGCCUUUUUUGGCGAUGUGGUACUGCGUUUCCCAAGGAUUGUGCACCACUAUUUUGACCACAACUCCAACUGGAACCUUCUUAUCCGCUGGGGCAUCAGUUUCUGCAACCAGUCAGGUGUCUUUGACCAGGGUCCCCAUUCACCCAUCCUCAACCUGAUGGCUCAGGAACUAGGGAUCAGUGAGAAAGACUCCGACUUCCAGAACCCAUUUAAAGGGGACCAUACAGAGUUCAUUUCCAGUACUGACCCUUUCCAGAAGGCACUGAGGGAGGAGGAAAAACGCCGGAAGAAAGAAGAGAAGCGGAAAGAGAUCCGAAAAGGCCCAAGAAUCUCAAGAUCCCAAUCUGAGUUAUAGCUCUGGAACAGCCCAGGGCUCAGGGGGCCAGGCGGAGACAAUGCAGCUGCACCACUUGAUGGUGAGAGCCGGCCCCAGUGAGGGAAGGCCCAGAUCUCUCUGCCCCCGGAGCCAGCUCAGCCUCAGCUAGAGACUCAGCUUCAGAGAGCCAGUUUUCAGACUCCUGGGGGACCACCAAGGGGACCAUCGGAGGAUGCUGUGCUGCAGACCUAAACCUGCGGAGGUGCUGGCGGCGUCGGGGUCCUGGCUGUUCCAUCCAUUUUCUGCUGCCCUUCCUGGAGACACAGCAGAACCAGGCUCUGAGCCACAUGUGGAGGUGCCAUGCCUGCUGCUAGGCCCCCUGUGUCUCGGAGUCACUCGGCACAGGUCCCAGUCCCUGCAGAGAGACAAUAAAAGCCAGCAAACUCUCCUGGGCCAACUGAGACUGGUUGGGGUCCCAGGGAUCUGCAAGUCCUUCCACAGGGCGGGUGGUAAAGGGUCUGAGAGUGGCGGAAUAGGAAUCCACAGAUGUGUAGAGAACGUUUUUGAAGAUGUUCUUGCUCCAUCAGGAAAAAUUCCAGGCCCUGACAGGUAAUGAAUCAGGGUCUUGACUUAAGCCUCUUCUUCCCUUCUCAGCACUGUCUUUGAUGAAGAAUCAGUGUUGGGAAGGAGACUGGGAGUAGUUCACCCAGUGGAGCACAUGCCUUACCAUGCACACAACCUUGGGCCUAAGCCCUGGCACCUCAUGGGAGUACCAUGACAUCCAGAGAAGCUCUACAGAUGGUGGAAUGGUGCUGUGGUAUCUCCCUCACUUUCUGUCUCUCUGAAAUAAAAAGGGUCGGGCUGUCAACCCAGGA